AUGUUGAGUGUGGAUUCGUUGCAAGUGGUGGCUGAAGAGGAGGUGGUGGAGUCGAGCUCAAACCGACUGGGUGACAUCUACACGUUUGUGGCCGAGGGCUGCUACCCCCAGACUAUGAAUCCUAUACGAAAGAAGAAUCUCAAAAGAUAUGCUCAGAAAUUCAUAAUUGAUGGUAAGAGAGUGAAUAGAUAACAAAAAACAACAACAAGAAAAGGCUUAAUGUGUAGAGGGGGGUUGAAAUGUGUGUUGUUGACUAGGCUAGCAUCUCUUUCUAAUUGCAUGUUUGCAUGUUGUCUGUGUGGUUUUGUUGUUCUAGAGGAUCUACUGUACUAUGUGGGGCCCAAGAAGGAGGAGAAGCGAGAGGUGGUGAUUGAAGCUGAACGUAAGAGGCAUAUAUUCUUAGAGUGCCACUUCAAUGACAUCGGUCAUCACCUGGGACAAAAGAAGACUGUUCACAAGAUCCAAAGCAAGUAUUACUGGCUGGGUAUUGUGAAGGACGUCGUGGACUGGGUAUGUGCAUCUCUUUGGACUUCAGUGUAAUAAAAUAAUACAGCUUGGAGGCAUAUCAUUCAUUCUUCUUACAGAUUGUGUUUGUGCAUUUGUGUGCCUUAGAUAAAGGUAUGUGAAACCUGUCAACACACGGAGAGGAACAAAAACAUGACAAGGACUGUUAGGCCAAUCAAAGUGGAUGCUCCCUGGGAAAUUCUAGGGAUUGAUAUAUUUGGUAAAUAAACUUCUCAGAAAUGAAACUACUCAGCUAGUGUAACCAGUGUAAAAUGACUAGCUAGUUAGUGGUGCACGGUAGUAGUAGCAUUUCAAUCGGGGACGUCACUUGCUCUGAGAAUUUGAAGUAGUUGUUUUACUUGCUCUGCAAUGGCCGCAGCUUUUGUGGAGCGAUAGGUGAUGAUGCUUUGUGGGAGGCAGUUGUCGAUGUGUUCAGAGGGUACCUGGUUCUAGCCCAGGGUGGGGAAAGGAGAGGGGUGGAAGAAACACUAUUACACUAGUCUCAGAACAAUAGAUCAAGAUUUUAAAUGGUUGUCUGACUUUAUUGAAUUUGUUCUUCUUUAGAAGAAAAGGAAAAGCUGCACACACUAAUAGCUCCGAUGCAAUAUUUUAUUUGCCAAUGUUUUGAGAGAAAGCUGUCUUCAUCAGGGUUUCAUGUCAAGCACUGCAGGUCACCAGUAUAUAUAGGUUUCCAUUCGACACACGCAGGUGUUUGCAAUCAUGGCUGGCUAUGGCAUGACAUCAUUGGUCAAUUUACACAUAACAAUAAUAUAGAAAAAAGCAUGAAUGGAUACACAAUGAUCAUAGCCUACAAUUACAUUAUAAGUAGCCUAGUGUACACAAUUGAAUGUACAAUCAAUGGAAAAAUCACAAAUAGCCUACAUCAUAAGAAGCCUAUAACAUUUUAUUUCACAGGAGUUUCUGAUCAAACUCAAUGUUCAGACCAAAGGAAGCGAGGGUCUUUAAAUUAAAAAAUUGGUUCUUCUUUUCACCAGGCCCCUUCCCAGAAACCCAGCAAGGUAAUUCCAGCGUGGUAAUCGUCACAGAUUACUUCAGCAAGUGGGUGGAGGCAUUCCCCAUUCAAAAGAGAGAUUGCCUCUCUGUUGCCAGAUGUAUUUCUACAUCCAUUUACAGGUAGCCUAAUUAAACACACACAUUUUAAUACUAAUUUGAAUAUUAUCUGCAAGAUACAACGUGAGUGGACAUGAGAUGGCGCUUAAUCACCAUAUCCCCCCCCCCCCCCCCCCCCCCACCAGGUUUGGGGCAGCAAAAACAAUUAUCUCCACACAAAGCGUUGACUUUUGUGAUGAGGUGAGAAGUUAUUAGCCUGUGUCUAUUUACAAACUUAACGAAGUGGAUAGGCCGAUAUCAACAUUUGUCCUGUAAUGUUACUUCCAGGUGACCAAGCACCUGUGUGACAGGUGGAACCUAGUGCAGAAAGUGUCUGCUGUGGAGUUGAACCCGCUACACGACCGCAGCAGUGGCCUACUGAAGGAGGCCAUCACACAGGUGGUGGCAGAGAAGCAGGCAGAGUGGGACGAUUUCCUGGACCCUGUUUUAUAUCUGUUUAGGAUGACCAUCGACCCCACAACCAAGUUUACACCCUAUUUACUAAUGUUCAGCAGGGAAGCCAUUUUACCCAGUGAGGUGAUAUGUUUUUUUUGUGUCACUUUGUUGUGGUUUAAAAAUGCAUCAAAUUGUGUUAUUACUAUGUUAUUGUUCAUGUUUAGUUGCUAAUUUUCGAUUUCUUUUGUCAAGACAAAAGCUGGUCCUUUCAGUUACGAUCAAGAGACGGAUUUGUAUCACUCAAAGAAAGAGGCCUCUGCUUGUAUGACAGUGAUACAGGAGCAGCAGAUCUCUGUCAAGCAGCUGGUGAGUUUGAAUUGGAAAUGGAAUAUCUUCCCAUUUGGGAGACGCUGUGCUGCACUGCUAAAGAGAGCCUGAUGAGCUUGUUUCAUGGCUGCUACUUCACUGCUGACUUACUUGACUUCAACCCUAUUGCUCUUUGGGGUGCAUAGGUCAUCAGGACAUACUGUAGGUCAUGUGUGAAAUUCCCAUGUGAGCUUUCUCUGGAUUCCAUUGGAAAUUGUAAAUAGUUGUUUGUGUUUACAGGUGAUCGCCAACAUGAAUGCGGCCUACAAACAGGAGAAGAAGAAUGCCAAGAGAAGAGCUCGGAACAUGCCCUCCAUCACCUUCAAAGUCACCAACCCUAUGUUUUGCUCGGGAGAGUCACCCUCCCAGAAGAAACUGAAACCGAGCAUUUACUUGUCUUUCCCUGUGGAAACAGUCCUCGUCACUAAGGAAAGCAGCUCAGAUGUAAAAAAAAGUGACUUGGAAUACCCCUUGGUUUCUGAUGUUCAUUGA